GGGCCUUGCAGUGCGUGACGUCAGCAGCCUCCGCCCUCCGCCGCUUUGCUGCAUCACCAGCUCCUGCACUGCUCACUGCACAGGCCCCGAGCACCCCCUGACCGCUGCAUGCACUGCCCCUUCCCAGAGAGCACACCGGAGGAGAUAUGGCCAAAUCCGAGCAGGUCCUCGUCCUGGAGCCUCAGCACGAGCUUAAAUUCAAAGGUCCUUUCACAGAUGUCGUUACAACAAACCUGAAACUCUCGAACCCCACAGAGAAAAAUGUUUGUUUCAAAGUGAAGACCACAGCGCCUCGCCGGUACUGUGUGCGACCUAACAGCGGGGUCAUUGAUGCUGGCUCCUCAAUCAAUGUAUCUGUUAUGCUCCAACCCUUUGACUAUGAUCCUAAUGAGAAAAGCAAGCAUAAGUUCAUGGUCCAGUCCAUGUAUGCACCGCCAGACACCACCGACAUGGAAGCCGUUUGGAAAGAAGCUAAGCCAGAUGAUUUGAUGGAUUCGAAACUCCGGUGCCUGUUUGAGCUUCCUUCUGAGAAUGACAAGCCCCAUGAAGGUGAAGCAAACAAGGUCCUCUCUAGCAGUGUAACAAAGGCAGAAUCCACCUCCAUGUUCAAAUCCAUAAGUUCCAGUCUGGACGACUCUGAGCAAAAGAAGGUCUUUGAAGAAAACAAGCGGCUGCAGGCGGAAAUUCAGAGACUACGAGAGGACUAUAAACAGCUUAAGGAAGAAGAUGGAUUGAGGAUGCGAAAAAUCCAGGCCUCCAGUAACCCUGUGUCUUCAUCCACUAGCCUUGUAAAAGAAGAAGGCUUAAACCCACGGAUACUCGCCCUGGCAGUCUUGGUUUUCAUUAUCGGUGUAAUCAUAGGGAAAGUGGCCUUGUAGACGACGCAUGCUUUAAAGGAAAAGAGGAAAAAAAUUACAAAAAUCAUACUGUCGAUGGUUUAGCCAUAUCAAUGAAAAAUUUAAAUUUAUUCAUAACGAGAGCGAGAGAAAAAAAAUGUACAACAUUUCACAGGUCCUGCCUUUAAGUUCCUCCCCUCUCCCACCGCUCAGUUCUAACAUUUUUGCUUCUAGGAUCAGAUCAAUUGUACAGAAUGAUUCUUUAGCAAAGAUCAUUAUUGAUUAAAUAACAAACGUCACCUAAUUCUUCAAUGUCGUACUGUAAAAUGUCAUUUUAAAGACAAAAAAAGAGAAAAAAACAAAACACAUUUUUUAAAUCUCUGGAUAAGUCUCUCUGGUUUACCUCUUUUAAGAAAAAAAUAUAUAAAAAAAUAAGUCAAGGAAAUAGUCAUCACUUUUGGUCCAGUGGCGUUUAGGUUCCAAGGGAGGGGAAGUGGUAUUUUUUUUUUCUGCCCUCUAGUUUAUGUAUACAUAUAUAAAUAUAUAUAUAUAAAUAUAAUUAGUUAUACUUGCUGCUCAUGAAGGAUUACGUCCAUUUUUAAGUGUAUAAACCUUCCCGAUCUCCUGUGCUGUAUACUGCAGUUGCAGCCUUCCUGAAUUUGUACAGUUGCCAGUUCGAGGUUUGGGGGGGCGGGGUGGGGAGCCGGCCAAAUUUGGAGUGGUGUUUCGGUCAUCCCGGCUGCCAAGGCUGUACAGUACAGAGAUAUAUAUAUUUUUUUUCUUUUUUGCAACGGUUAUGGGACGCAGACCUAUAUGUACAGAAGUUGCUUAUUGCAUCAAGUACUGACUCGUAAUAACAGGGAUUGGGCGCGCUGGCAUAGCAGUGAAUAUCGGGUGCUGGGGAAUAGGGUUUUUUUGGCAUAGGGACCAAACAGGAGACCAUCAUAUAGUAUUUUGUACAGGGUAGGGUAAAGAGUCUGGCUCUACCUUCCCCAUAAUAAAGCCAUUUACAGUGUUUUCCCCCACAUCACUAUCCAUUCUCUUCUACCCAUUGUUUAGGUGAUCUGUUGAUGUGGACACACAGCCGUCUUUGUCACGCGUACAUAAAACCUGCACACGUUUCAAGUAUAUAGUUUGGCGUUCAUUGUCUUUACCUACGGGGGUCUUUUGUGUGUUACUUCUGUGUGGUGAAACAAAAACGUUUCCAAUGAACAUCUUAAGACAUUGGGUCUUGUUGAAGAUUUUGCGUCCCCCACCCUCCCCUUUUUUUUUCUUUUUUUCCUUCCCACCCUGCUCCUCCUUUUUGUUUUUAGGUAUACAAUCUGGGAGAGAAAUAAAACAACUAAAACUAAAUUUAACCAUAUUAGGUAUCCCUGCUGUAAAUUAAAUCUUUCAACAAUG